AGCUCUCGAACAUCUCGGAGCGGCCCUCUGCCGAAUGCAUGGCCAGCGGCUCGGUCCAGCCGCCCGCACAGGCUCUGCUGCCGCAAGAAGCGCCCGGCCAGCUGCGUCCGGCACCUCGACUCUCGUCGAAGCGAUCGCGUGGCCAGAUUGCUGCGAGCGCGGCGCCAGACGGCGAUCAAGCAGUCGCGUCGGCGCAGCCAGUCAGCGGCGCGAACGGCGAGGCUCAUGCCGUGUCCGCUCCUGCCACGGACGCUGCGUACAAUGUGAGCUCCACGGAUUCGCUCGGCCGCCCGCGCUCUGCAAACACCUUCGCCGGCGGCAACGGCAAUGGUCGCCUGGGCGGGGUGGCUGGGAGCGAUAAGGCCAUGGACCGCACGGCGACGCAGUCCUCGGGCAGUCCGUCGCGCGAGUCGAAGUCGCCGACGACGGUGGAGAGCGCCGGCUCGAACGAGCACCUCAGCUUCGCGUCCCAGAGCCGGCGCCUGUCGCUCGUCGAGGUGCUCGCCGCGGACCCGCCCAUCGGCUGGGAUGCCGCCGAGCAGGCGCGCCGAGAGCAGCAGCGCGCCGGCUUCUUCGCCGCCAGGCAGGCGGGCAGCAACAUCGCUGUGACGCAAAGCAAAGCGGUCAAGGUUGUGUCUCCGCUGCGCAGCCCGGUCACGUCGCUCGAUGCUGCUGCUGGCGCCGGUGGUCUUCGCGGCGAAGGCAAGGCGGACUCGCACGGCGCGACGGAGAACGGGAUGGGCCUCAACAGCACCGCUGUCAUCGCAGGCGCCGAAGCUGCAGUAGCAGCUGGAAGCUCUUCGGCACAGCUCACGGGCCUGGUUCAGGACACCAGCGAGCCGGCACGCCCGUGCGCUCGUGCGGCCGCCGAGCGCUUCGACUCUGCCGCGACGACGACCCCGAGCGCGCCUCUGCCUCGGCCCAGCACGGAGAGACGCGAGACGGCCCCUGAAAAUGGCGCAUCUGCGCCAGCGCUCAACGGCGCUGAGGAGCACACCGAGGCCGUACUGUCUGACGAGGACGGCCGCGCUGCACGCCGGCGCUCCAUGCCCGUGCCCGCGCCGGACUUCGACGCAAGCCCCGCGGACUCCAGCACCAGCGCCAGCGCCAUCGGCACCGUCACGGAGGCGGAGCUGUGGCGCUCGCGCCGCGACGUGGCCGCUGCGCAGAAGCAGGCUGCCACGCUCGAGCAGCAGCGCCGCGGCCUCGAGGAGCUCUGGCGCGCCCGCCAGAUGAACACGGUGCAGCGCGAGCGCCGCGAGUACGAGCGCAAGAUCCGGCAGCGCGAGCAGGAGAUCCUGCGCCUGCAGGAGCUGCUCGCCGUGGCGCCGCCCGACGAUGCGUCCAUCGACCAGAACGGCGACGCGCGCUCCGAGCUGCACGUGCACACCAACGGCGCCUCGCACUCGGACCUUUAGUCUGGCGCAGCGUCCGGCGCAGCGUCCGGCGCAGCUUCCGCACAGCGCAGGAUACCCUCCUCUACCUAUGUA